CACUGGAGCGCACACGCACACGGGCAGUGAGUAAGAAGGAAAGGGAGAGCCGUCGCGAAGAGUCACGCGAGGCGGUGCGGAGAGCCAGUCGGUGCCGGGCAGCCGUCGCCGCUGAGCCACGCGACUUACUAAGGACAAUGGGUCGACACGGCGCACCACUGCUGUUACUGCUGCUGCUGCUACUGGUGGUGGUGAUACUGAUGGGACUCGGGGCCCGGGCCCAGCGAGGACACGCGCGCCAGGGUCCACCGGGAGUUCGCGAGCUUCCCACCGUUAGGAUACCGUCCCAAGGCAUCGUCGUUGGACGCGAGGUGCUUGUAACCAGAACACAAAGAGUUAUCCAGUAUCUGGGCAUUCCAUACGCGCAACCACCGACGAAGGAGUUGCGAUUCGCGGCCCCUGUAACUCGUCCACUACCCACAUGGUCCGGUCUCCGAAAUGCUUCAACUUUCGGGCCCUCUUGCCCCCAGUUGACUAACCGGCACAAGCUGCAUGAGAGGUUGUACUUACGACUCCUGCCCACCGAUCAAGCUAAUCCCAACUUUAACGAGGACUGCCUUUUUCUUAACAUCUACGUACCUGACAGUAAUCGACCACCCGAAGGAUGGCCAGUGAUGGUUUGGUUUCACGGCGGCGACUUUAAUACCGGCACACCAGCAAUUUGGGAUGCUUCCGUCUUCGUCACUAAGCAGAAGGUACUCGUAGUGACGAUCGCCUACCGUUUGAACAUUCUUGGCUUCUUCACGACAACGGACUCGGAGUCGCCGGGCAAUUAUGGAAUGCUAGAUCAAAUAGCGGCAUUAGAUUGGGUGAAGGACCACAUCGAACUGUUCGACGGCUCGUCGACAAACAUUAUUAUCUAUGGACACAGUGCCGGGGCCAUCAGCGUUGGCCUCCAUAUGAUGAGUCCCCUCAGUAAGGGCAAGUUUUCCAAGGCCAUUGCCAUGAGUGGUGAUCCCAUAAACUCGGUCAGGACGCCUCAAGAUGAGAUGCCCAUUGUCGAUCAGGUUGUUGAUAAAUUCGGCUGCUAUCGGAAGACUUCCGACUUGAUGCAAUGUCUGCGCAAUGUCGACAUCGACAUACUGAUCCGUGAGACGGCGGACAUCGAGACUUGGGGCCCAAUUGUCGACGCGGAGACGAACAACUCGACGGAGGGCGCAUUCUUGCCUAGACACCCUCGCGAAGUUGAGCUUGACGAUAUUUACGCGGUACCCUUUGUUACGGGUUUCACGAGCAACGAGCAGGCAUUGGCCUAUAUCGAGACUAUAGGCAGCGAGAACGUAGACGGUCGAUUACCUAUAAAUCAGUUCGAGAGAAUGAUUCGGGAGGAAAGCAACGCAGCUGUCAUAGCCCCUGACGAGAACAGCACGUGUGAGCUUAGGCCCGAGCUCGUUUCCGAGGCGGUACUCUUCUUUUACAGGCCUCAUCCACUGAGUCGCGACCAAAAGCUGCUAAGAGAUCGAUACCUUGAUCUGCAGACCGAGAAAAAUUACGCUGCGGGAUUGAUGCAGUUUGCGGCCAAGAUAUCUAGCCAUCCAUCCAGGGUACAGGCGUUUGUGUACAGGUUUGACUACCGUGCGCGCACCCAGGCGGUGACCCGUGACGUACCCGAAUGGGCCGGUGUGCCGCACAUGUUCGAGUUACCGUUUGUGUGGGGUCUCCCUUACGGCAUGAGCACGAAUAUUCAGUGGAACACCGCGGACAAGAAGAUGGCCGACACGAUGAUGGGUAUGUUGUCGGGAUUCGCGCGCACAGGCAACCCUUCGAUUGGUGGUAUUAAGUGGGAGCCCUAUAUGGAGCGGACUCCGGGUAUCCUAAUAAUUGAGCGCAACAUCGAUAUGAACGUCGCUGGGGCCGUGGAUUAUAAGGCGCUUGCAUUCUGGAAUGACUACUAUCCGAUUCUCCUUGAGGCUGCCACGAACAAUUGCUGCAACGUUACAAAUUCAGCCGGGGACUUUGAGUUCGGAGACAAAAUCAUUAUUGCGCUAUCGAUAGAUCUUCUGCGACGGCUGAUCGAACGACGCUUCGUAUGAGAGGCUGCUCAGGUCUAUUCUUGAUACAAUAAUCCAUACGCAUUGCUUUUCUUUAUCAUUGGUCCCCUUAAUGGAUCCAAGAAACAGAGUCAAUGGUAUGGAUAAUGACGCGACGAUUAUUAAGAGUCUGAUAUUGAGACUGUGGUAGGUUCAAAGCGAAUGGGGAAGUACGACAUCUACGAAGACGCUGUAGUCAUAUUAUCGCGUGACUUAUUAUAAUGACGUAUACCUACAUCAUUUAAAAACGUAUUAAGCGAGAUCAAUGAGCACAAGUGAUUUUCUAAUUAUUGU